AAAACACUCAUAGCACUAUCACAAAAUGGGACAGUGUAGGAGGGCAGGGCCUCUUAUGAUGCCGCAUACAGACGUGUGCUGCUACAAUACAGAACCACAGUAACAUGAACGUGAACUAAAGAACAGUUCUGAAGAGAACUGAACUUUUGCAGCUCAUUCCCUGAUAUAUAUUGUAGAGAAAAGGACAAGGCCGGCUGCAUUACACCACCAGAGGAAUAAAUAGAAGAGAAGAGAAAAGUUUGAUAGACAUGUUGCAGUGCCGAGUGAAUUUCCUGGACGACACUUACUUUGUGUGGGAGCUGGAGAGAAAUGCACUGGGACAGGAUCUCUUCAGUAAAGUUUGUGAACACCUUGACCUGUUGGAGAGGGAUUAUUAUGGUCUGGUCAUGUGGGAUUCUCCUAAUACACGGGUAUGGCUGGACUGUGCUAAAGAGAUCCGAAAACAGAUAAAAAGUCCAGUAACUGAAUUCUUUUUCAACAUCAAGUUUUACCCACCCGAUCCCUCCAUUAUAGCUGAAGACAUCACAAGAUAUCUCCUGUGUCUUCAGCUGAGGAAAGAUAUUCUGACUGGCCGUCUGCCCUGUCCAUCAGACAUCCUGGCUCUGCUGGGUUCAUACACAGUUCAGUCAACAAUUGGCGAUUAUGACCCGAAUCUCCACAAGAACAACUAUGUCAGUGAAAUUGUUCUUGCACCCAAUCAGAGUGAGGAGUUGGAGGAGAGAAUAAUAGAGCUGCAUUCUACAUACAGAUUCAUGAGUCCUGCUCAAGCAGAUAUGCUUUUCAUUGAGAACGCCAUGGGACUUCCCAUGUAUGGAGUUGACCUGCAUCCUGCCAAAGAUGUCAACGAUGCAGAUGUGAUGCUCGGCGUUUGCUCUGAAGGACUAAUAGUAUAUGAGGAUGAAAUUAAAACAAAUAUAUUCGACUGGCCCAGAGUUCUUAAAAUCUCCCACAAACGCAGCACCUUUCUUCUGAAGAUGCGCCCUUCUGAGCAGGAUGAGUUUGAUGGUGCCAUCAGCUUCAGUUUGGCCAACUAUAGAGCCUGCAAACAACUGUGGAAAUGCUGUGUGGAACAUCAUAGUUUCUUCAGAAACAGACUUAAAGACAAAAAAACAAAAAGAAUCCUGACCUUGGGUUCAAGGUUCCGUUACCAUGGACGCACUCAGUCUGAGUGUCUGAAGGCCAGCGGCAACAUCACUCGGGCCCCUCCACGAUUCACACGUUUCAUCAUCAAGAGAGAAGUUAAUGAAGAAAUCCUGGAUGUUCUAAAACAACCAAUUCGAACAGAGUUGGAUGACUGGUUCCUGGUCUAUGGUCCAGAAAAAUGGCACAUUUCUACAUCAGAUGAUUUGAUGCAAGAAAGCAAGAAGCUGCAGAAGUGGAAGCAUCAUGCGGAUGAUUGGUGUGUCCUCCUUGACAGUAGCCCAUUUUUACUAUCGGACAUCCAGCAGCCCCUUAAGACUGAAGAACAGAGAGAAGAUGUGAAGGGGACAGAGGAGAGGCUCACAGAUGAGCUUGUGAUAACACAAACAUUUGAAGCUCAGGUCAUCCAGGAGGGGUCUGACAUUAUUGAGAAAGAACUUCUUGAUUUUGAAUUAAAACAGGAAAUCAUGAAACCUCUAAAGGAGACACUAAAAGAAGAAGUACUAGAAGUCAAUGGAGAAAUAAUACAAAGGGUAGUAAUCGCUAAACAGUGGACACAGGAGGUCAACUCUUUAGUGGAAUCACAAGAAGAAUUAGACAAAAAGAUUGAGAGUGUGGAGAUGUUGGAAAGACGUGUAAUGAUCACUGAAAAGAAGACACUGGGAUCUAAGGGCACUUUUGAGAGAUUGGAAAUUGUGGAACAGAGACUUGAAGAGGUGGACGCUAUUGAACGAAAGCUAGUUGAGGCGGAAGAGCUGAGGUUUGGAUUACAAGAAGUGGAAAGUUUUAAACAAAGGUUGCAGCAAGUUGAGAAGGAGGAGCUUCAACGAGCAGAGACAGAUGAUUGGUACAUUUUACUUGAUCGCAUGUCAUUGAUGCCUUCUGCUACCCCCACAGGUAUGUCAUGUGACUGUGCUUCUGUCACCAGAAAUUUGCAACAGAUAGUAUAUAACCCCAAACCAAUAAAGAGAUAUGACGACUGGUACAUUCUAUUUGAUGUGAUUCCACAAACCAUGGAAAUAUUACGCCCCCUUCCAGAUGUGAGCAGAUUCAUUCCUGCUCUGCUGGCUCAAAUGCUAAGGAAAGAAGAUGAGACUUCAGUGUAUUCACAGCUGCGAGGUCCAAAUAUUGAGCUGUAUGAGGCCAAAGAGGAGGUGAUUCAGAGCCGAAUGAGAACAGAGGAGCAAGUGACUGAGGUGAUGACCAUGAGCACUAAAGAACAAAUAAUAGUGCCAGAGAAGAUGACGAGCAUCAUACAAACCCCAGAGUUUCCAAUCGUGCCCAGAGACACUGAUGACGACUGGUUUCAGCUUUUUGACAAAGUGCCGUAUGAGCAGAAGAGUUUCCCAUCAGAUGUCAGAAGCAGAGAUUUUGAGGUGCUUGAACUCAUCAAAGACCAGAGAGUUCAGAGAGUGGUGGAGGAGCAGAUGAGAGAGAAAACACUGAUCACUGAAGAAAAAAGAUUGAUCAUUGAUGAGUGCAGAGAGAGAGCUGACGUUGAUCUGCCGAUGAUUCCUGUCGGGGUUCAGGAGGAGGAUGAUGAUGAUUGGUUUGAGCUUUUGGACACAGCACCUCCUGAGAUGAGGAGCGUCCCUUCAGUUUCAGUGGCUACUGAAGAGCGCAGGAUGAAAGAACAGGAAGACAGAAGAAUGAGACAGCAGCAGAUGAGAGUGAGAGAGAAGGAGGAGGAGGAGGAGGAGAGAGUAAGAGAACAAGAGAAGCGAAAACAAGAGCUGGAAGCCAGAAGAGUGCAGCCAGCUAUUACUGUGAAAACAGAAGCACAGCCUCAGAUUGAAAAAGAUGACGACUGGUUCAUUCUUUUUGAUGUUUCACCAAACGAAUCAGUUGUUGCAGAUGUCCUUAAAGUGGACAGGAGGGCUGAGGAAGAGAAGAGGAGAAGGGAAGAAGUAGAGGAAAUAGAGGAAAGAACAAAAAAAACAUUGGUACCAGAGAAAAAAACCGAACAACUGCAGACAGAAGUGGAGGAUGACUGCUUUAUCCUUCUGGGCGUUUCCCCUAAAGAUUAUGUUCCCACUCUUCUACCCACACCUGUUAUUUCCCCAGUGGCUCCGCCCAAACCCCGCCCACAGAUCCCAACUGACCAACCACUGACUUCCACUCCAACCACACAACAUGUGUCCAUUAUAAAAACCUAUCAGGAGAAGACAAAAGACAUAUGGAACAUCACAUUGGAGUCUGAGUCUGAGAUCGAGUCGGUGCUUAUGAGGAAGAUAAGAAGAAGUGAAGGAGAGAACGUCUAUAUUCGUCACAGCAUUCUGAUGCUGGAGGAUUUUGAUGUGUCCUAUGAGAUGAUUUUGAAGCACUACGCCAGCAUUACUGAACUUAAGCGUGACUUUAUGGAGGUCAAGCAAGACUUCGGACCAACUGAAUGGGACAAACGUCUCUUGUCAUACUCACCUACAGCCAAAGCUCAGUUCCUGCAUGCCAACGAAGAGAUACUCAUGAGAAUGGGCUUAAUUGAAGACAAUGGGAAAACAGUCUUGUUUCGCCCACAAGAGCUAAUAUAUAUCUGAAUUUAAACAGCUUGAACUUUGCAUAUAAUCACUGCUGAUGCUGAAACAUUCAAGUAUGUGAAUAUGUUGAAAAAACAAAUGCUUUGCAUGUUCUAUAGAAUAUAAUCCUCUUUUGCAUUUAAUUUAAAAUUGCUGUUAAUAGUUGUUUCCUUGUACAACAGUAGAUCAAAGCAUCAUUUCAUUCGUGUACACUGAGAAAAAAAAAUCUCAGGCUUACAUUUUAGUUUCUUUUAUCUGCUUACACCUAUUCAAUUAUAUUUAAAAGGAAUAAAAUCUGUCAUAUGCACUGCCAAA